CAAAAUGGCGGACUCCUAUGCAGGGCGAUCGAUUUUAAUGGACAAAUUCUCAUUUGUACAAAAGCUUGGCAUGUUGACCAAGGCAACUGCUGAUGAUGAGACACCAGUGUCGGGAUAUCUCUACCAAGAAAUAAACAAAAUGACAUUCGAAUCGGGUAGUUUCUGCCAUGAUCUUUUAGACUACCUGGUUGAUAGACUGGAAGACAGAUCCUACCAUGUCAAGCUUAAGGUGUUGAACAUUAUAAAAUUUGUGGUUGAAAAUGGUCAUCCAGAUUUUCGCCGGCAGCUGCGGAAAAAAUCUCGAGGCAUAAAAGAAGCUGAAGGUUUCAGUGGACCAGCUGACCCUCUGCAUGGUGCUACACCUUAUCAAAUGAUCCGAAAGACAGCUAAGGAAGUAAAUGAAAUAUUAUUUGAUGUCGAGUCUGAAAGAGAGGAAAGUCCCAACAAGACUAAUCCUUCGAGUGCACCUAGUUCUGCCAUGUAUGGAAUGGGAUCUCAAGGAGGAAGCCCGGGCAAGAUGCAGGGAUUCGGAAAUACUCCAAAUAAACCCCAAAAAUCGAUUGGUGACAGUAUCAUUGGUGGCAUCAUAGAUAUAGCUGAAUCUUUAGUAGAGCCAGAUUCCAGUCGUGGUGGCCCUGCAUCGCCGAGUAGAAGUUUCGGAAAUUAUAAACCAGUACAACUCGAAAAUGAUCGACAGAAAAUCUCUUCAUUGACAAAGACACAUUCAAGCCCAAGGAGACAAAUAAAAGAGCGUAAACCAGGUGUGGCUGGCGGUGGCUGGGAAGAUGAGGAGACCGAAGAGGAUGUUGCCAGUUUGCAGACAUCCGAGAAAAGUUCUGACAGCAUGGAUUUAGCAGACAGGCUUGCGAGUGUGACGACAAGUGAUUGGUCUCAAGAACAGCAGCUGCUUAGUGAUCUUGUGGUCAACAUCCAGAAGCCCAUACCAAAGCGGGAUGAGAUUAACACAUUUAUAAAGAGGUGUUCAAAGUUGAAUUGUGACAAAAUUCUUGAGUUCCUCAAUGAUAAGUUGAUGUCCUCAGAAAAUACUAUAGUUGUGCGAUCCUUGGUGCUUCUAGAAUACCUGAUGAGGUCGGACUUAGUUCAAGUUGACCUAAUGACUACCAUGUGCCAUAAGAAUCUCAUAAUACUCAACAAAAACAACAGCUGCCAAUCACAGAUUAAAGCGAGGAAGGUGAUUCUCCAGUUACAGAAGUUAUCAUCCCAAGGACACCUAUUUGCUGAACUUGAUGAUCAACAAGGUUCAACUGGACUUAGUUAUCAACACGGUUCAACAGAUGGGGGGAUGACUAAUGGCUUAUCAGAUGAACAUUCAUAAUGGACUUGAAUCAAGUUAAAAAGAGUUUUGCAAUAACCAAAUUUUUUGGUAGCCAACACAUUUUUUUAUAGAUAAAUGUUAUAGAUAUAGUGAAUGUGGUCUUGGUUUUCCAUCGUGCACCAUUCUAGUCCAUGUAAACAAUGAUGAUAUGAUAUAAUUCUGUGAUGCAAGAUCAUGUAACUUGUGCAUGAUUAUGUAGUGAUUCCAUUUGUACAUGGGAAUAAAUUAUUGUUGUCUUGUAA